CAGGGUAUCGUGCUAGGUAAAUACCUACUGCUUUGUUCGGUGCAGUUAAAAUUUAAAUUUGAAAAUAGUAAUCAUUGUUCAAAUACCUCUUUAAGAAUCUAUACGACAUUAUCAUUUAAUUCACAUGUACCUACAUUAUAUUUCGAAUUAAAAGUUAAUUUCAAUAAUUAUUAACUAAUGAGAUAUUUCAAAAUUGGUUAGAUCGAAUUGUAAAUAAAUAGGAAACAUGCAUCUCUCGAGUUUAAUCGAAAAUUAUUCUAUAAAUAGUGAAAAUAUAGUGAACGUAACCGAGUUUGAUUCUCCUGUGGGAAAAGUUAUAGCGGCGGGUGAUGCUGAGUUUAUAUAUUUCGUUUGUUUCGAAGACUCCAAGAAUUUAGAUAAAAUAUUUAAAACAGUGUCGGAAGAAUUAUCGUGCUCUUUCAAAGAAGGCAAGAAUAAGUUACUAGAGAUAGUUGAAAAUGAAUUAAGACAGUACUUUGCAGGGGAACUCAAGAAAUUUACAGUUCCUAUUAAAACAUUUGGUUCUGAUUUCCAAAAGGAAGUAUGGAAUAAACUGAGUGAUGUACCAUAUGGGUCCACACAAACAUACGGGGACAUAGCAGAAUCUCUAGGCCGGUCAGGAGGUCAUGCUCGAGCAAUAGGAGCUGCUUGCGGGGCCAAUUCUCAUUUUAUAAUAAUCCCAUGCCAUCGAAUUGUAGCUUCUGAUUCUAAAGGAGGUUUUAGUGGUGGUCUUGAUAGAAAAGAAUGGUUGUUGGAACAUGAAAAACUGUUUACUGAAUGAUGUAAAGUUAAAAAUAAAAGUUUGUUAAUUACAA